AUUUACGUCAAUAUUUGAAAAUAGCGCAGUUGUUUUUAACAUAAAUACUUAACAUUUGCCCCGACAGACUCAAAUUAGAGCUCCGCAACGACAAAACAACAACGAAUGUUUCGUUCAUGAAUAUAAUUUCAUUUAAUUUAAAUAUAACAUAAUUUCUAAACUUCACAUCGAUCGGACGUGCCUGGUAGUGCUCUUACAAAAAAAUAAGCAAAAAAUAAAACAAAAACAGACACAAUAUUUUUUUUUUGUCCGGCCAGGUCUGCGUCUUUGUCGGCUGCGCGCUCUAGUGACUGUUAGUGCUGGUGUGUGUCUGUGUGUGCGUGUAUGUCUGUAUUCGCGUCAAGAGUUCUCUCAAAGUGCUAAAUUAUAAUUUUUGAACGGGACCCCGCAUUCGUUUUAACCAGUUAACACAAGAAGCAAAGACAACAACAUCAUGGCUCAACCGCAACCACCGGCCUAUGAAAAUAAAAAUAUCUACGCUACGCUGCCCCGCACCCAACGAGGCCAACCCAUUGUUCUAGGUGCCGAUCCCAAGGGCAAGAAUUUCCUCUAUGCCAAUGGCAAUUCGGUUAUCAUAAGGAAUAUUGAGAAUCCAGCCAUUGCCGAUGUCUAUACGGAACACUCGUGUGCAGUCAAUGUGGCCAAGUACUCGCCCAGCGGUUUCUACAUUGCAUCUGGCGAUGCCUCGGGCAAGAUACGCAUUUGGGACACGGUUAACAAGGAGCAUUUGCUGAAGAAUGAAUUCCAACCGAUAGCAGGACCUAUCAAGGACAUCAGCUGGUCACCGGAUAAUCAACGUAUUGUCGCUGUGGGUGAGGGACGUGAGCGUUUCGGUCAUGUCUUUAUGUCGGAGACUGGCACUUCGGUGGGCGAAAUCAGUGGCCAGAGUAAAUCGAUCAAUUCGGCAGACUUUAGGCCAGCUAGACCUUUUCGCAUUGUGACUGGCAGCGAGGAUAAUACAAUUGCUGUUUUUGAGGGACCACCGUUCAAAUUCAAAAUGACCAAACAGGAUCACACAAGAUUCGUGCAGGCUGUACGCUAUUCACCCGAUGGCAAAUACUUUGCCUCUGCUGGAUUCGAUGGCAAGGUCUAUCUGUAUGAUGGCGUCUCAUCCGAUUUGGUUGGUGAAUUUGGUUCACCAGCCCAUAAGGGUGGCGUCUAUGCUGUGGCAUGGAAGCCAGAUGGCACACAAUUGUUAACCUGCUCGGGCGAUAAAACUUGCCGCUUGUGGCAAGUGGAGACACGUGAAUUGAUCUCGGAAUUUGUUAUGGGAAACACCGUUGACGAUCAGCAGGUGUCGUGUUUGUGGCAAGGAGAACACUUGCUCACUGUAUCCCUAUCGGGCGUCAUUACCUACCUGAAUGUGGAAGAUCCCAGUAAGCCAUUGCGUGUGAUUAAGGGCCAUAACAAACCCAUCACUGUCCUGGGACUGAGCGAUGACAGGAGCACCAUUUAUACAGGCAGUCAUGAUGGCAUUGUGACAAAUUGGAACUCGGGUAAUGGUGUCAAUGAUCGCAUCGUGGGCACAGGACAUGGCAAUCAAAUCAAUGGCAUUGCUGCUUGGGGAGAUUUCGUUUAUACUUGUGGCAUCGAUGACAGUCUCAGGCAAUUCUCCAUCGAGGGUAAUACUUAUACAGAUUAUGUGGUUAAAUUGAAUUGCCAGCCACGCGGUUUGGCCAUCUUGCGCAAUGAGAAUAUAAUUGCAUUGGCAUGCAUUAAGGAGUUGACUUUGGUUCAAGAUCAAAAGAAAAUCUUCUCAUUGCCCAUUAAAUACGAGGCCAGUUCGAUAGCCACCAAUGCGGAGACCUUGGAUGUUGCUGUGGGCGGCGAUGAUCAAAAGUUGCAUAUUUACACUCUGAAUAAUUCAUCGCUGGAAUUGAAAACAGAACUCGAUCACUUGGGCGCUGUGACAGAUGUUUCCUAUUCGCCAGAUCAAAAGUAUUUGGUGGCCUGUGAUGCUCAUCGUAAGGUUGUACUCUACUCGGUUGAGGAAUAUAAGCUUGCCCACAACAAGGAAUGGGGUUUCCAUAAUGCCCGUGUCAAUACUGUCGCCUGGUCGCCCAAUUCUCUGCUGGUGGCCAGUGGUUCUUUGGACACAACAAUUAUUAUUUGGUCUGUGACCAAUCCAGCUAAGCAUACCAUUAUUAAGAAUGCCCAUCCGCAGUCGCAAAUUACUCGUUUGGUUUGGCUAGAUAACAAUACUGUGAUCUCAACUGGUCAGGAUUGCAAUACCAAAGUCUGGCAUGUGGAAACUAUUUAAAAAGAAAUGAAAACAAACACAAUUCAUAUAUUUGUUACAACAAGCAAAAUGCAAAUAUUUUUUUACACAUAAUCAAGAAAAAGAUAACAACAAAUGUUGCUCAGUAUAUGACUCUACGUGUCUCGUCUGUGUUUUCAUGUGUGUGUGUGUGUGUGUGUGAGGAACCCAAAUUGCCAAACAGCGUUCCAUUAUCAUCAUCAUUAGCAGCAGGAGCAGCACCCGCCAGCAUCAUCCAUCAUCAUUCAAAGGCACAGGAAAUAUAUUUAGCUUCAUUUGAUUCAAGUGCAAAAGAGACAAGAGAAAAGAAGAGUAAAGAAAACCCCAUUUAUCGCAUUUCUUCAUGAUUUUUAGUUUAAGUACCAGAAAACGUGUGUCUCUCUUACUAAUCAUCAUAUCAUGGAUAAUUAUUUUUUUUUUUUGUCAACAAUAAAAUGGAAUAGAGAAAAUA